GGGUGGGGGUCCACCGAGUGAAUAAUUUCUUCUCAGGGGAGGCUCAUUCUCCCACACUUUGAAACCCCCUGACUUAAAGCAUGGUUCUGUAUUUUCCGAUAGUCUUGAACGCAUCACCGCUGCUCCCCCUGCAGGUCGCACGAGCUUUCUGCUUACCAAAGCGCACCGAGUUCCGCUCACUCUGGCCAAUCGCUGGUCCCGCUGUUCAGCACCAUUGCAGUGAGGGGAGAUCAUACGGAGGUGCUGCUCGCGGAGAGAGGGACCAUUCGGAGGAAAAGAUACUCGACCGGGGUGACCGCUCUGGGCGAAAACCUCCCUCCUUCCCCGAUAAGGUGACCGCGUGUCAUUGCCAGAACCAGCUUCAGUGGAGUGGAACUGUGAGUGACUGACAGAUGUGUGACACUGUGGAGAACCGUCGGCCCCUCCCAGCGGAGAUCUGAGUUCUGGGACACUGAGGCAGCCGAGGGGGGGUCUCUGAAGAAGAUGCUGGGUUCAGAGCGCGGUGUUGUCGAAGAAUGGCUCUCAGAAUUCAAGUCCCUCCCAGAAACCCACAUCCACAGCUACGCUGGCAGCCUCCACCUGAAGAAGAACCUGGUGCCGGCGCUGUACAGAGUCAUCCAGGACCCCAACAAUGAGCUGCUGGAGCCCGUGUGCCACCAGCUGUUUGAGCUGUACAGGAGCUCAGAAGACCGCCUGCGCCGCUUCACCCUGCAGUUCCUGCCGGAGCUGGUGUGGGUAUAUCUGCGGGUCACGGCCAGCAGGGAUCGCCAGAGUAAUGGGUGCAUUGAGGCACUCCUGCUGGGCAUCUAUAACCUGGAGAUCGUGGAUAAAGACGGCAACAGCAAGCUCCUCUCCUUCACAAUCCCAUCUCUGUCUAAACCAUCGAUAUACCAUGAGCCUUCGAGUCUGGGAUCCAUGGCAUUGACAGAAGGAGCGCUAUGUCAACACGACCUGAUCAGAGUGGUGUACAGCGGCCUCCACCCUCAGAGGGAGACCUUCACAGCUCAGAACAGGUUUGAGGUUCUGUGUUUCCUUAUGCUCUGCUACAACUCCGCUGUGGUCUACAUGCCCCUAUCCUCAUACCAGUCAGUCUGCAGAAUGAGCUCAAGGUUGUGUGUGUGUGGAUUCCCCAGGCAGCAGCAGAAGCUUUGGAGGGAACCGUGCAACCGGGUGCUGCUGGACCCUGAGUUUAUGGUGCAGAUGUUGGCUGCAGUUUAUCACGCCAUAUACAAUGGAGAGUGGGAGAUGGGACGGGAAGCUUUGGAGGACAUUUUGUACAGAGCCCAGCUGGAGCUUUACUCCCAGCCUCUGCUGCUGGGAAACGCCAUGAAGAACUCGCUGCCAGAAACUGCACCAGAUGAACCAAGGGGGCGUAGGGUGCUCCAGGUGGAGGUGACACCCACCAUCAACCGCAUCUCCAUCUCAGCCAUCACCACGGCCUCCAUACGACGCCACCGCUGGAAGAGAGAGGAUUGUUUUGACUACUCAACCGAUGCAGAGUUGAGCCUCCUCGUCAAUCCUCCUAGCCUCGCCCAGCACCUCCACAACAGCAACCACCACACUCCCUGGGAGCCCGCAGCCAAUGAGGAGCGAGGAGGGCAGCCUCCAAGCCACCACAGCAGCAGCAGCAGCAGCAUCAUUCCCCCCAUCACAUUCGAGGAUGCAGACGGUAUGAGCGGCGGGGAAGAUUCCUUCAACAUAAACGACCCGGACGAAGGUUUUUCCUCAGGGGCGUCGAACAGCAGCCAGCCCAGCGGAAACAAACCAGGCAGCAGCACGGGGCUGCGGGGCAGCAGCCUGAACAGCAGCAGCAGCAGCAUCAAGAAAGCCAUCACCGCCCGGCUGUCCCGGGACAAAGAACGAGAGCGGCAGAAGGAGCAGGAGAGAGAGAGGGAGGCAGAGAGGCAGGCCGAUUCGUCCGCGAGGCACCACCAGAGGCAGCAGUCGCCUCCGGCCAGCAUCAAGCUCGACGCCAUCCAGCUGAGCCCCAUCAAGAAGCACCUGAGCUUUCCCGCGGGGCCCACGCUGGUCCGGACUGGCAGCACCUCCUCCAGCAAGUCUUUUGACUGCAUGAAUUUCAACCUGAACGGAGGCAACGAAGAGCGAGAGGAGGCGGCGGGGGGAUCAGACAAGGAGGGGGGGCUCCCGACUGUAGGCUCCCACCGCCACUCCACCAUCAGCCUGAAGGAGGAGCAUCUCAUCAGGCCGGAGGAGGCCCAGGACCUCCUCUCUCCUGGAGCUCCUCUCACUAAGCAGUCCCGCUCCCCCAGCUUCAACAUGCAGAUCAUAUCGCAGGUCUAAUGCAGAGAUGGACACACAUACACACACAGACAUGCUAAUGCAGUUUUUCUUUCCUCCCCCUCUAGGACCACCUCCGUCUACUCUGUGUUGUAGUGUGUGUUUAUGUGUGUGCGUGUGUUUGAACACACCUUAAGAUCUCCAAAGUUGAGUCUCCACCCUUUUAACAUCCAUAUACAACCAUGACCUGCAGUCGUUGCUGGUGGGUUUAGCAUGACUGAAAAAGCAACAGGAUUAAGAUAAAGAUCUGCUGUAGUGAAGGAGUCCAGCGUGUCUCUGCGUCCUCCUGAUUCCACAGAAACUCUCCUCACAAAGAGGAAACCAUGACAUUUUAUUUUUUUUCUCUUUUUGACUGAAUCAGUCAAAAAUGAAUCAGCAAUAACACCCACUGUCGCUCAUGAGGAGAAAAACGAGUCGAAUUCUCGUUCUCUCUUCGUUCCUUCCCCCGUCAUUCCUGGGCUCACGUGCAAUCGUUCUUGCUGAUUAUCUUCCUUGUUAUUUGCUGUUUUCAAAUCAGGCAAAAAACAAAAAACACAAUUUCCUUAAUUUUUUAUUUAAAUCACAAUCCAAAGAAGUUUUUUUUUUUUUCAAAUGACUCGGCAAGAAUUACUGAAGCUCCUGUGAAGAUUUGAAUCCAUGCCCAUUAUUUUAUCAUGCACAUUUGAUCUGAGAUUGUUUUAAACCAAACUGGAAUGUGUGAGAGGUUUGAAUUCAAAUCUAAAGAAGUGACAACUGUGCAGCUACAAGAGGAAUGAAUCUAAAGCAGAACAAUGUGGGAGAACUGGAUUUAACCAUGUGGACAGUGCAGGUUGGUGUCUAAAGGCAAUGACUGUAUUUUCUAUUGGAUUGUUAUUGUGGUUCAAUGGGUCCCUCCAUCUCUAAGCACUUGUUCGUGUGUUUUGAUGCUGUUGAUUUGAUGUCCUGAGCCGGUGGCUUACUGCCCCCUGGAGGCUUGUACUUGUCACUGCGCAUCAGCAGUCACCGUGAUGCUGGUCUCGUGUUCGUGCUCUGAUUGGACGCUCAUGAAACAUUAUGUUCUACCUCAUUGUGUGUUCGGCUGACACUCAGACGCCAGCCUCCCAAUCAGACGCAGGAUUCAAAGAGCCCGUAAGGUUUAAACCAGGGGUGUGAAACUCAGUCACAGUAGGGGCCGGAUUCUGGAUUCAGGACUAAACUGAGGACCUAACAGGGUCAACAUUCAACCAUAAACUGUAACUCAUUUUCACCAGUAACAAA